AGACUUGAAUGGGUGAGGGAGAAGGUUGCAAAUACUAUGAGUCGAAUGAACCACAACAAGCCAAAAUGGGACGAAAGCCACAGUUCCAGGAACGGAAACAAAUUAAAGCCAAACACAUGGGAAUCAGUUACAGGUGGCCUAGGAAACCUAACCACCAAAUACAAUUAUUUAGCUUUGUGCCUGGUUGGAGUUAUCGGAACUGCGUUUGACUUUUUCAUCAGAAACAAGAAAGCCAAGAAGCAAAUCCUGAAGUUUUGUUCUCUUUUGGUUGCGAUUGGAAAUCUUUUAAUGGUGUGCUUCCGAUCCACUGGCGGUCGAAACCGAAAUUAUAUGCGGAGAUCAAAUAAACAUAAAUGAAAGCCUUGUAGAAAUUGAAUAAAAGCAAUUAGAAUCACACAAAAAUAAACUGAUAUAAAUGAUGGAAAAUUAUGAUUAUUUCAUAAAAUAUUGAUAUAAAACUUA